AAACUGCGAAAAUUUCCCGCGCAAUCGGCCCGUCUUUCUUAAACAUUUCAGCCAGUCGUUUAUGUAAUAUAUUUUUAUUGUGAAAUGGCUGGAUUUGAUGAUUUAGGCGUAUAUUACAGUGACAAUUUUUCAUUUGGAGACCAAGCAGACAGUGAUGCUCAGAGAGCUGAUUUUCAGACUUCCAAGAAAAGGUUUAAAGAUUUUAUCCGUCAGUUUCACGAAGGAAAUUAUGUUUUUACAUAUCGAGACCAACUGAAACAGCAUUACAAUUUAAGACAGUAUUGGAUAGAAGUAUCUUUAGAAGAUUUAGCCAGUUUCGAUGAAGUUUUGGGAGAGAAACUGAACAAGCAGCCAACAGAGUAUUUACCGUUGUUUGAAGAAGCUGCAAAAGAAGUUGCUGAUGAAGUGACAAAACCACGACCUGAGGGAGAAGAAGAAGUUCAUGAUAUUCAAGUUACUUUACGCUCUAAUGCUAACCCAACUCUUAUGAGAGAUUUAAAAUCAGAUCAUAUUUCAAAAUUGGUGAAAAUACCAGGUAUAAUUAUUGCUGCAACAAAUGUGCAAGCUAAAGCUACAUGCAUUAGUAUUCAGUGUCGCUCUUGCAAGGAAAUAGUUCCCAAGAUUAAAAUUAAGCCUGGUCUUGAUGGUUACAACUUGCCACGGAGAUGCAACAGUGAUCAAACAACUGGACAGCCUCGAUGCCCUGUUGAUCCUUACUUUAUAGUACCUGACAAAUGUGAAUGUGUCGAUUUUCAACUUUUAAAGAUGCAAGAAACACCUGAUAAUGUGCCACAUGGAGAAAUGCCUCGUCAUAUGCAAUUGUAUUGUGAUAGAAAUUUGUGCGAAAGAGUUGUACCUGGCAAUAGAGUCACAGUUCUUGGCAUUUAUUCUAUAAAAAAAGUAGCACGAACAAAGAAAGGAGCAUCAGAAAAGCCUAAUGUUGGAAUCCGCAGUCCUUAUGUUAGAGUUGUUGGCAUAUCAGUCAUGACAGAAGGGGCUGGUCGUUCUACUGGUAUAACAUUUACACCCGAGGAAGAAGAAACUUUCCGAUUUUUAGCUAGCAGCCCUAAUAUACUUGACCGUAUCACAAAAAGCAUAGCACCUUCAAUCUAUGGUUCAACUGACAUCAAGAAAGCCAUAGCCUGUAUGUUGUUUGGAGGCUCUCGGAAAAGAUUGCCUGAUGGUUUGACUAGAAGAGGAGAUGUAAAUAUUCUCUUACUUGGUGAUCCUGGAACUGCAAAAAGUCAGUUGCUGAAAUUUGUUGAAAAAGUAGCUCCGGUUGGUGUAUAUACUUCUGGCAAAGGAAGCAGUGCUGCUGGUUUGACAGCUUCUGUAACAAGAGAUCCACAAUCUGUAAGUUUUGGCCAAAAUGUAAUCAUAUAUUUGGUGAUUGGUCUAAGACUUAUUAAGUAAUGUAAUAAUACUUGU